AUGCAAUCCGAGGUUGAUUCAUUAAAACACCGAAUUUCUGAGCUUGAAGCCGAAAAGGCUGAGCUCGAAGCCAAGAAUGCCGAGCUUUUAAAACGGGUUAUGGAAGAGAGCACCAAACGCGAAGCUGAGAAUGUUGAGCUCAAAGCCAGGAUCACCAAAUUGGAACAGACCGCAGAAGAAAAUACUGAGCUUAAAGAUAGAAUCACGAAAUUGGAACAGAAACAGACGCAGGCUAUUACUAAUAAACAGGAGCCAUCUACUACAAAAGAUAUUUCACCACUUAUCGAGAGCCAUUCUGAUGAGGAGAAAGGCAUUACUCCUAAUCCCUUGCCUGAAAUAGAAUUACCACAAGAUAUUAUCGAUGACGAUUCCUAG